AUGAGGAAACUCGAUCUAGAUUUCUACAAACUUCUAGGAUAAGAUGUUUAUAUAAGUGAAUUAAGUUCAUAAAUCGCAGUGAUGAUGUAAAAACUUUACUAAUAUAGAGUUUUUCAUUACGACUUUCCUAAAAGUCAUCCAUAAAUAUUUGCUACGAAAUAAAUGAGCCAUAGAUUGAUUGAUCCAGAUACUUGGGAGAUAAAGGUUAAGUGGAAUGCCUCGCUUUUGCAAAUGAUGAAAGAGAUAGUGAAUUAAUUUGCAACCCAGGCUCCUGAGGAUGAUUAUUACAUGGUUGAACUUUCAAAAAAUAAUUCGGAUGAUUCAUUUUAAAAACAUAUAAAAGCAAUUUAAAAUGUUAAUCUGAGAUCAAUAUUUGUGAAUUGUCCUGCCAAUUAAUUUUUAGAAACCUUACAGCAUGAUUUAAAUCCAUUUAUCAGGUAAUUAGAAGACUACGAAAAAAUUUCUUAAUUAAUUGUGGAGAAAGCGCAAAAAAAUAAUUCAAUAGGAGAAUCUAUUCAAUAGAUUAUGUGUGAGAAUUUAAAGUUAAAGUCAGAAAUAGAAGAGGAGUUGAAAAAAUUUUCGGAGACCCAAGUAGAUGGAUUUCCAUUGGAUGAUUUUUGCUUGUCAUUAUCUAAAAAAUUUUCUGAUAAAGAAUUAGCAAGAAUAUUGGAAAAAAAAAUAUAAAUGUUAGAAUAGAUUAGAGAGGAGAAGUAUGAAAAUAAGAUUAAUGAAGAGGAUGAAAAAAAAUUCGAAAAAGAUAUUCAAGAAUAUUUGGAAAAAAGGAAGGAAUAUCAAAUUUCCAUUUAAAAAUAAUAAUAUUGUUUGAGAGCACUGUUAAAGAAAUAACAAGGUUGA